ACGAGGCUGUGAUCAGCCUCCUGUGCGGCAAUGCUGCUCGCUAUCUGGGUCUCGGCAAGCCUAUAUGCUUCGCGCCCCCAUCUCCAUGCUGGCAUUUCUGGGAAAUAACUUGACGUUGGUCCCGAAAUACAUUGCCCGGUCUCAGCGCCAUCUAAGGUGAUACACGAAGUUGAAGACACGCUGUCCUCCAGUGAUGAGACCUCUUCGUGCCUGGUCGCCGCGACCUUUGCCACAGUCCCCCAUCUAUCGUUCUCGCCGGGAUAUUCAUCCAUUCUGCCGUUCUUGUUCAGUUUUUCCAGUUGUUCCGGGGACCCCAUUCAGUGGCUGCCUGUCGUCUGUCGCGGGCACUGCCCCGUCGCCGCGCGCUCAGCCCCGUCUUGUUCUCCUAGGCCUUGUCGACCACCCCCUGGCGCCCAGCACGAUGCUAUCGAACAUUGAUUCGCCUCAACACCUGCCUCUCGCUCGUUUUCCGAGAGUCUGGCGCACGCCCGCACGCACAUGCCUUGAUAUAAGGGCCUGACAGCCUGCAGAGCGAGCACACGGCUCCUCCGUUCGAGCUCGGCACCCCCCACCCACCCUCCGUUGACGACGCCCGUGCACACUCUUUCAGGCCUGCCGCGAUGGACUACGACGCGUAUGAUGCACUGCUUCACCACAUCUUCAGGCAGACCCAGGGUGAUGCCUGGUUCAAGCCCUCGGAGGAGAACGUGCAUGCGGGCGUCUGCCUGCGCGUCGAGGCCGGCCACUUCCGCGUCUUCCCAUACGAGAACCGCUACCUCGAGCCCUUCGAGGCCGCGGUACGCGCCCUGAACCCCGUCGUCGCCAUCAAGAUGCGGUCGGCCGCAAUCCAUGCGGCCCUCGCGACGAUCAAGGAGGAUGCCGACGCGAUCUUCAUCGACGAGGACACCCGCAUCCAGGUGCUUGACACCAUGAGCUGGCUGCCCAGGGCGGACAAGGAGCAGUGCGCCGCGUUCAUCCGCGACGAACGCGUGCUCGUCGUCUGGACCUACAACCUCGACGACAUCAUUCCAAUUGCGCGCGAUUUCGAUGACAAGCUUAUCAAGCUCGUCUGGGCGCGCCGCACGGAGCUCACUUCGAUGUCCGUCGCGUCGGAGAGCAAGAGCGGCUCGGACCUACACCUGACCGAGAAGCUCAAUCUCGACGAGGUCGCCGCGCUCUCCAAGGAGAAGGAGGAACAGGCGAACAGCAAGCGCAAGAAGGACAAGCAGAGGAAGGAGCGCCGCUGCCGCUUCGGCCUCGGCUACUUUGUCUCCUCCAAGGAAGACGUCGAGAAGGCCGCCGAGGGGCCUUCCGAACGCCCCACGCGCCUCUUUGCUCCGGUUUACUGUGGUUUCGCCUGUGCCAUGUCGUUCUACUUUAUCGCCAGUGGUACCAGCGUGCUCAUCGUUGAGAGCGUCCUCGACGGGACUUUCACUCGGUUUGCUCUCCUCGUCACCGCUCCGCUUCUGUACUGCAUCUCCAUUUUUUUCUGCGCCCAGCUCAUCGGCAACAUCACCAUGGUCUUCGGUCCCGUCGCACAGUACCAUCUGAACUCGAAGUACUACUCUGCCGUAAAGCCCGCGCCGAACAAGCAAGUCGACUCGAGUCUGCCGCACAUGACGAUCGAGAUGCCGGUCUACAAGGAGAGUCUGAAGGAGACGAUCGCACCCUCGGUGUAUUCGCUCAAGAAGGCAAUGCAGACAUACUCGCGUCAGGGCGGCACUUCGUCAAUCUUGGUCCACGACGACGGUCUGCAGCUCAUUAGCGAGGAGGAGCGCGCGGAACGGAUCGCAUUCUACGCAGACAACAACGUCGGCUGGAUUGCGCGUCCACCGCACAGCAACGCACCCGACGGCUUCAAGCGUGCGGGUCGGUUCAAGAAGGCGUCGAACAUGAACUACGGCCUCCUCCUCUCGCUCAAGCUCGAGAAGCACAUGGCGGCGAUCAUGGCCGCGGCCACGGCGCAUGGCGAGGAGAUCGACGAGGACGACGACAUCGAGGAGCGCGCGCUGCAGCUCGCAAUCGAGGAGACGUACGAGGAGAGCGGGCAGCGGUGGCGUCCGUGGGCGAACAACGCGCGCUCGCUGCGCAUCGGCGAGAUCAUCCUCAUCGUCGACUCGGACACAAUCGUGCCCGAGGAUUGCCUACGCGAUGCGGCGCGCGAGCUCGCCGAGUGCCCCGAGGUCGCGAUCAUCCAGCACGAGUCGGACGUCAUGCAGGUCGCGCACCACUACUUUGAGAACGGCAUCGCGCACUUCACGCGCCGCAUCAACCGGUGCAUCUCGCUCGGCUGCUCGAACGGCGAGAUCGCGCCGUUCGUCGGCCACAACGCGUUCCUUCGCUGGGCGGCCCUCCAGGACGCCGCCUUCGUCGACCCGGCCGACGGCGUGACGAAGAUCUGGUCCGAGGCGAACGUGAGCGAGGACUUCGACAUGGCGCUCCGACUCAUGCUCAAGGGCUACAUCAUCCGCUGGGCGGCGUACUCGGACGGCGGCUUCAAGGAGGGUGUCUCACUCACGUGUGACGACGAGCUGAACCGGUGGCAGAAGUACGCGUACGGCUGCUCGGAGCUCAUCUUCAACCCCGUCAUCGAGUGGUGGCGCAAGGGCCCGGUCAACAAGCAGCUGCACCAGUUCAUGUGGUGCAAAGCGCCGGUGCACUACAAGGUCGCGAUGACGAGCUAUAUGUUCUCCUACUACGGUAUUGCGGCCGGCGCGGCGCUCUCGGUCAUGAACUACCUCCUCCUCGGCUGGUCGCUCGACGUCGACGGCUUCUACCUGCACUCGUUUGAGAUUUGGCUCGCGUGCAUGGUUGUCUUCCCCGCCCUCGGCAACGUCGGCUUCACGAUCCUCGAGUACCGUCUCGGCCACCGGAAUCUGCUGGAUGCGCUGAUCGAGAACCUGACCUGGGUGCCGUUCUUCUUCUUCUUCUUCGGCGGACUCGCGAUCCAUCUGUCGCAGGCGCUGCUCGCGCACAUGUUCUCGUACAACAUCACCUGGGGCGCGACGAAGAAGGAGGUCGAGCGGAGCAACUUCUGGCUCGAGGUGCCCAAGAUCGUGCGCCGCUUCUGGCUCGCGCUCGUCAUCAGCCUCGUCAUCUGCGCCGGGAUGGUCGUCCUCGCGACGCCCGCCGUGCCUUCGGGCUGGCAGAUCCUCGGAUGGGACUGGGCCGUCAUUUUCCCGCUCGCGAUUACCCUCGGGUGCCACAUUCUCUACCCGAUCGUGCUCAACCCGUGGCUCAUGAUCUUCUCAUAUUGAGCACGCCUUUUCAUACUUAUGGAUCUUGGGACAAUGGAUUCUGUUUGGACACUCAUGUCUCCCCGCGCAUAGACUCUCUCCAUAGAUACUACUCUACCCCUUACUUGCCUGCACUGCGCCCCGCGCACACACCCGCUCCGCUCUCGCUGUACAUCUCCCGCUGGGUACCCGCUUUACUCCACUGUUUUUCUGGGUUUUAUGCUCUUUGCGUAGCUUGUCGUUGUGUUGUAUAUACACGAAAGCUGCGAUGAAUGGGACAAUCUUGGCAAGUGCUUUUCAGCGGGAUGCGCUCCGGAAAGCUCCGAAUAUUGCUACUCGAGCGCUGCAAAGCUGCGGGUAUCUUGCUGACCUCCUACCCGAAAAUUGUCUUGCUCGACUAGCAUGCGUUAACAGUCGGCCGAUACGAACGUAUGGGACCCCU